UCUGGGAUCGGGGAAGUGUGAAUGUUGUAACAACUCUGAAGUUAGAUAGCUGUCUUCAAGUUUUGUCAUAACUUCGGGUGAAGUCCUGAACUAAUAGAUGUCAUUCACAAAGUAUGUUAUUAAGUUGUACAUAUCGUGGACCCAGUGGGUUAAGAAGCUAGACAAUCGCAAACAUGCAAGAGAAUCAAUGAGGAAAACGAAUGUUUGAUAACGUAAAGGUAGCUAGUAGCUAUCUGGGACAGUUAGCUAGCUAGACAACGGGAGCUACUUCAACUGAUAAUCGAUUGAUACGCCUUUUUGAGUCCAGCUAGUCAUAUAUUGUAUGUGAUUUGACCAGCUAGUCAAACAGUAUGCCACGGAAAAAGCGAGGUCGCAGAAAAGAAACCGACGAUGAUGUCAGUACAUUUCCCAGCAAGAGACGACACACUGAAAAUCAGGGAGAAACAGUGGUCAUUUCCGACAGCGAUAACGAGGAAGAUAACAAGCCAACACCGAGGGAAGAACGUAUGCGGGGGAGAGAGAAUAGAGCACAGAACAGAGAGCUGACAGAGGAGGAGAUGUUGGACUUGGCAAUGCGGCUGAGUGAACAGGAAGCAGCACUCAGGCAGCAACAGGAAGAGGAAGCCAUGAGAAAAGCCAUUGCUGAAAGUCUCCAUGCUAAUGGUACUCAGGCUAACAAUGGCAACUCUGAGUCAUUGUCUUUGUUGACGAGCCCCACCAGUGCCUCUCAGCCUUCCCAGGGUCACAGUCCUCCCCCAGCUUCUGAAAGCCCCGUAUUCCCACUCAGACAGAAGUCCUCACGCUUAAGUCUUGGUAGAACAAAACAAGAUGGACCUGCAGAGGAGCAGUUCACUACAGCAACCGUUAUGGACACGGACAAGAACAGGAAAGCUGGCAGCUCACUGUGCCAUGUAUCUCUGUCUCAACCCAUCAGCCCAGAGUCACCUCUAGUGCCUCAGUUUUCCUCAGAAAAGGAGAUUAGGUCCCUGAGGAAAGAUCCAGACACAGACUUGGCGGAUAGUGACCCUCAACACUGCUCCUCAAAGUGUCACUCCCAGCCUGAGAUUUCACCCAUUUUCCCUAAGAGUCCAGCUCACAGGCCUGUUAUCUGCGUUGAGAAGCUGAGUCAAGACCUGUUGGUGGACUGCCACACGAUGGGCUUCGUGCUGUGUUCUCAGAAGGAUCCUGCUAUUGUGACAGCAUCGGGCGGGUCGCAGUCCUCUCCGCAGCUUAGUCCAGCACCCCCAGAAAGCCCGACGUUCCCCGGGACGAAUCCGAGAGAGGAUGAGAAACUCGCCAGGGGCAGUGGUACACAGAGCUCGCAGGAACCAAUUACAACCGUGGGAUCAGCGGGGUCUGGAGAUAAGGAGCAUUCUGCAGCAUCGCCACACAAACAGGGCUGCUAUCCUAGGAGCAAGGACUCCUCCAAUUCGGCGUCUGUUCUGAAAACACUGUCUGCCAGUGUUGGAGAACAGCAGAGCGAGGAGCAGCCCUGUCAUAGAAGCAUGGACCAGAAGAGCAAGCAAAGGACAUCUGAGGAUGUGCUGCAUGAUGCUGUCAGGGCUGCACAGCCAAACCAAGACUUCACCACUCAGAUGGCAUUGCGUUGGUCUGAUGAAGAUGAUGAUGAUGAUGAUGACGAGGAAGGCGAUGUGAAGCAGAAAAAACAGGACCCCGUUGACACAGAUCAGACCCGCAGUCCUCCAAAGUCCCAGAAUGUAGUUUGUGAAGAGAGCAGCGCCUCAGACUCAGAGUCCCUCCUCAGAUUGCGGACCAGCCCAGUCUUCCCACGGGAGGCGACCUGCUCAAAACCAGUGCCCACUGGAGCUUCCCCGAAGCCCACGCCCCCCAUGAACAGACUCAACCCGCUCGCUCCUGCGCGGGAGGGUGGAAGUGGAGUGCGGAGGAAGUUAACCUUCAGGGACAUGUACGCGGCCCAAUCUGCUGCACCCUCGAACCCGGGCAAGCCCUUCCAUAGCGAGGGGAGCAGGAUCCAAGGCAGUCCCUCCCUCCAGGGCCGCGCCUGCUCGGGCCAGCCGGCACCCUGCAAAGAGAAAUCGGGAGAGGGGGUGGUGUUGUAUUACUGGGGCGUGCCUUUCUGCCCGCACGGGCAGAACCCGGAUGACUACACCCAGGUCAUCCUGUCCCAGCUGGAGGUGUACGAGAAGAGCCUCAAGGAGGCGCGGCGCGGGCUGUUGCGAAAGGCGGAGUGGGGGGAACCCGUGCUCCCCGGGCCCCCGAAAAAGCCCUUCUCCCGGAGGGGCAGGUUCAAACGCCACCGUGCCCCCCCACUCCAGGAUGACGAGGAAGAGGAGGAGACCCAGGUGGUGGAGGAGGAGGCGGAAGACGUGGAGGAGGUGGGAGAGGACAAGAGGGCGGAUUCUCAGAAGGCCUUGGAGGAGAGUGGAGGGAGAGGAGAUGAGGUGGAGGACAGCGAUACCCCCGUGAUUCUCUCUCCACGGCCGGUGCAGCAGAGAUCUCCACUGGUCUUCAGGAAAGACGAAACUCCUGAGAAGCUCACAUUUUUGAGGAGGCGUGGCCUCAGGGAGAGAUGUCCUGUUGAGUCUGAUACACAGCCACUGGAGGAGGAAGAGGAAGAAGAGGAAGAGGGAAUGUGUCCAGAGACCCAGAUGAGUGAGAAUAACACAUGUGACCUGCACAUGGAGAGCCCUACAGGGAGUCAGCACAGGCAAGAGAGCGAGGAGAUGGAGACAGAGAUGGAGACGGAGGUGGUGGGGGACAGGAACGGCAUGGCUCUUGAGGAGGAGGAGGAGGAGGAGGUGAGGAUGGAGGUGGAGGCAGAGGCGGAGGUCCCGGAGCCCGUGGCACAGACGUGCAGCGAGACGGUGGAGUGCCCUAUCUGCAUGCGCAGCUUCCCCCUGCCGGAGAUCGAGAUGCACGCCGCCUACUGCGACGGCGCGGCCGAGGAGAGCGUUCCCGUGGAGACCCACUCUCAAGUCAUGAGUCGCAGAAAAAUCAGGAGGAGACCGGAUGCGAUCGAAGAGGAUCAGCCCAGCUCCUCAGGCUCUGGCAACAGGCCGAUGAGAGGAGAGAAGUGCUUUCUCUGCCACAGCGUGUUCCCAGUAGAGGAGUACAGCAGGCACGUAGAGGCCUGCAUCAGCCACAGGUCUACCAGGACCAGUGAGGGAGCAAAGAACUUGUUGACAGCCUUGGACCAGUCAGAGCAGAAAGACUCAGCUGGACCAUCUCAUUCAUCAUUCAAAAACACAGAACACAGCGGACCCAUCUUUCUCCUUGACACUGAUGGAUCAGUGGGGAGUGAAGAUGCGGCUUCCCCAGGCUACGCCAUCAGCACCUCCCCGAUCCGGUCCUUCACGUCCAUUUCUGAGGCCACAGACUGCCUCGUCGACUUCAAACACCAGUACUCAUCCAAGCCAACCCAAAGAGCUGGGAGAAAGAGGAAGUUCAAGAGAUAGCAUUUUUUUCCCCAAAGGCAGUCAACACCCUUUUUUCUAAACUACUGUUUUUUUAUAUAAGUUACAAUGUUUGUUGGAUACAUGUAUGUAUAAUAUGCAAUUAAAUAU